AUGAAUCGGAAUCAGCAAGUAAAGUGCGAGUAUGAGAAGAUUGUAGAGCAACAGCUGGAAGACAAAGUUAUAGAGAAAGCGAAUGGUAGUCCUGUGGGCGAGCGUGUGUUCUACAUGCCCCACAGACCGGUCAUUAAAGAAAGCUCUUCUACUACUAAGAUAAGAAUGGUCUUUGAUGCCAGCGCAAGACCUCACCCAUUAGCUAACAGCAUAAAUGAAUGCAUGUAUACAGGGCCUCCGUUACAACCAUUGCUAUGGAACGUACUCGUUCGGGCGAGAAUGGCUACCAACCAUCUAACAGGCGAUUUGAAGCAGGCGUUCCUACAGGUUGGACUGAAGAAAGAAGAUCGAGACGCAUUUCGUUUCCUGUUUGACGUGAACGGAACGAUAGAACAUUUGCGAUUCACGCGCGUACCGUUUGGUGUGGAGGCGAGUGCUUUCAUGCUCGGAGCAACAUUGGAACAUCAUUUUGAUUGUUACACAGCGGAAUUCCCUGAGACUGUGGAGGCAUUAAAGCAGAAUACUUAUGUGGACAAUCUUAUGAAGGCAGGAAGCAGCGCUAAGGAGUUAAUACAGUUCAAACAUGAAGCAACUGAGAUCCUAGAAGCAGCUAAGUUCCCUGUUCAUAAAUGGGAAUCGAAUAUACAAUCGUUAGACCAAAAGAAAAAUCCUACGAAAUUUCUUGGACAUAAUUGGGACAAGCGAGCUGACACGUUAGAGAUUCCGAUAGCACCAGCCAACGUGGAAGAACCAGUUAUAAAAAGGCAGAUUCUAAAGGAAUUGAGCAGUGUGUAUGACCCCUUGGGUAUCAUAUCCCCAGUCAUGGUCGAAGGGAAACGAAUCUACAGAGAGGCAUGUAACGAGAAGGUUGGAUGGAAUGGAGAGGUUUCGAGUAUCAUAGCGAAAGAUUGGUUGAAAUGCCGACGACAACUCAGAAAUGUGAGGAUUCCUCGAAGCAUUGCUCGGAGUGUAAGAAAGGUGAAAGCAAUUCACCUUCAUCUGUUUGCAGACGCCAGUUUCACGGCCUGUUCAGCCGUUACGAUAGCUGUAAUCGAACAUUCCAGUGGCAUCGUGAAAGGAAUGUUGACUUCGAAGUCGAGAAUUGCGAAACGCAACACGUCGAUUGCAAGGCUAGAGUUGGUCAGUGGGCAAAUGGCGGCCAACAUGGCCAAGAACUUGAAUGAUGCAUUACGAAGUUUACCAAUCGCAUCGAUUACAGUGUGGAUGGAUAGUCUAGUGGCGUUAUUCUGGAUUAAAAGUCCGGAUAAACCUUGGAAGGUUUUCGUUUCCAAUCGAACACGAAAGAUUGCCGCCAUUACAGAGGAAGUCGGUAUGGACUAG